CCCGAUCCUCACAGAACUCACAUCCUGUCAUUACUCUCUGUAGUCACCAUGGUGACUGGGCUUCACUCUUUAUUCGCAACUGUUGUGCUUGCGUCUGUCGCGCGCUUCACGGGGGCAGUUGGCCCGGUGAUCCGGUGUGAGCCUUGUGAUGCCGCCUCUCGGAUGCUGUGCAAGCCCAUACCCAAGGACUGCGCAGAGAAAGUACGCGAACCAGGCUGCGGCUGCUGCAUGACUUGCGCCCUUGCGCACGGGCAACCUUGUGGAAUAUACACGGGAAGAUGCGGCGUCGGCUUAAGCUGCCAGCAUCAGCCUGGAGAAGCUAAACCGCUCCAAGCGUUGCUGGAGGGACGUGGAAUAUGCGCCAACGCAACCUCCAAGAAACUUCAGAGGACCCCAACCCCAACCAAAGAAAAUGAAGGUAGCAAGAAGGUGCCUGGGGAGGAUCGUGAUGGCCCUCAGUCACCUGGUGCCAGUCCUACUGCGUCGCCCCCGCCCCCGCCACCGGCCAGCUUUCCGCGGCCACCCCACUCCGAGCAGCACCCUCCGUACCACGGCCAUGCCAAGGCAGAGGUCAUACGCCGCGAGCACGCCAGGAAGAGCCAGAGCUUCAAGGUGGAGGGCUUGCCCAUGGCGCCCAACACGGACCAGCAGAACUUCUCGCUGGAGACCAAGCCAGAGCCAGAGUUUGGUCCUUGUCGGCGGGAGAUGGAGAGCAUACUGAACAGCCUGAAGGUUACAGACAUCCUGAACCCUAGAGGGUUCCGCAUCCCGAACUGUGACAAAAAAGGCUUCUACAAGAAAAGACAGUGCCGCCCCUCCAAUGGACGAAAGCGUGGAUUCUGCUGGUGCGUUGACAAAUAUGGACAGCCACUGCCAGGUUACAAGGGGAAGGAGAAAGGAGACACCCACUGUUACAACUUGGACAACCAAUAGACACAGUUUGUGAGAGGACGAGAGAGACAAAGAGAAAGAGAGAGAGAGAGAUAGAGAGAGAGAGAGAGAGAGAGAGAGAGAGAGAGAGAGAGAGAGAGAGAGAAAGAAAGAGAGACUUUUUGGGAAGGGAAGGGGGGAGGGUGAAGACCACAAGAGACAGAAGACGUUCAGAGGGAGAGUCAGGCCCAACCCCCUGGCUCUGGGUGCACACUCACAGACUUCUAUUUUUUGGAAGAGCUUGCCGUCUGACACUUGUGGAAAUCCUUCCUCUCUUUUCCAAUCCUGCCAAUCUAAGCUGAGCUUUGUGACUGAGACAGUAGGAGCAUGACAUGCUGACACGGACACCCGAAAAGCUAUGUCCCACAACUGACCCCCUCGGACUGCGGGGCGUCAGGAGCAGGGCAGGGGUGCCGCUAGAAUCGUUCAGAUUACGCAUAGAUGUGUAUUUAUAUGUACAUGUGUGUAUAUAUAGGUGUAUUAUUGUCACUACCUAUUGUGAACAGGCAUAUGUUGAGGAGCCAUGGGAAAGAGUACUCUGGUGCCGUGUUAACACAGUGGGCGUUGGCACAGACUACUCUCUGCACAGCAAGCGGGGAGGGGGAUUGCUGAGUAUGCUCGUGUGAGAGAGGUGAAGCUCUCCUGAUCAACAUCCACCCACAGAUGAAAACGUUACAAGAGCUACACCAAAAACCACUACACGGCGUAUGGAGGGUCCAUGAGCAAACUGUUGCCUGCCGGGGUUGGUCUCUCCGUGUUAAUGCCCCUGCGAUGUCAGUAUUUAAUUUUUAGAAUUAUUAUAGAAUAAUUCUUAGCAGGAAAGGCUGCGUCAGUGGGCCAGAAUCAUACAACAUGGAUGACACAACUGUUCAUUCAAGGAUGUAUAUACUGUCACAUUGGUGUGAAGGGAAUCUUGGAUAGAGGAAAGUUCUAAAGAAUGUUGCGCUCCAUUGAAUAUAAUGCGGAAUUUUAGAAUCUUGCAUUGUUGUACACCGCAUUCUUCUACGGAAUGUUCAAAAACGUACACCCUUAAAGGUUAAAUGCACUAGUGUGUCAGGGAGUCACUUGUCAUACUCUUGUCACAUGGACAUACUUGGGCUGCUUUGCACAUCAUCACUUCUGUGGUAAACAAUAAUAAUAAGCUGGUAUCUUUUUGCACCAUGUACGGAUGGCUCACCAAACAUUCCUGCGAGGGUUUGUUAUUGCAGAGAGGUAUGCCAUGCAUGUCCUACAUAGAGCUUUCGGUUGUCUUUCUCGUGCACAUGUUCUAUCAUCAUAGUGGAAAUUGUACAUGGAAACUGUAAGUUCAAAACAGAGGUGUGUGUGUGUGGUCCUCUCAAUGUGUGCAUAGCCAGUCAUCUACUUUGGUGUUUUUUCUUCUUUUCUCUUCUAUGUUGUUGUUGUUUUCGUAGGUCGAAUGACAACCGUCUAUUCACUUUUCCCCAGCUGCUCUCAAAGUUUAUCUUCUUUGGUCUUCAGCAGGGCCUCUAUAAGACCAGUAUGCUUUAAACGUUUGAGUGUCUCUGCCCAAUGCCUCCUCCUCAGAUACAGAGGAGGUAACUCAGAUACUGAAACAUGUUGAUGUUGGAGGAAGCUUUUCAUUUAUGUAUUUUUUAAU